CUUCUUUCGAAAAUCAAAAACCUCUCGAGCUCAGAAACUAGGGUUUUGUCAAAAAAAGAAAACCAGUGAAGAAGCUCGAGUAAGAAGAGAGCAAUGGCGAACGACAGCGACAUGAGCGGAUGGACUGAGCUCCUCCACUCCUCAACCAAGAUCUUGGAGCAAGCAGUUCCUUCUGCUCAGUUUCCCCCUCUUCAGUGGAAUCUUGAUCAGCUGGAAGCGAUGUCGAAGAAACUGAAGUCGAAGACUCUUAGGGCUGACACUCCUACUCAAUCCAUCGCUGCCACUAGACUCUUGGCUCGGGAAGGGAUAAAUGCGGAGCAGUUGGCUCGGGAUCUCAAGUCUUUUGAGCUGAAGACCACUUUUGAGGAUGUGUUUCCUUCAGAGGCGACGACUGUGGAAGAGUAUUUGCAGCAGGUUCAUGAAAUGGCUAUGGUAUCAUCAAUUCAGGAAGCUCAAAAGGAUAACUUGCGAAGCUUUAAUGAAUAUAUGAUGCAAGUCUUAGAGGAUGACUGGCAGAAAGAAAAGAGGGACUUCUUGCAAAGCUUAAGCCGACUUUCUUCUUUGCCUAGGAUAAAUAGUAGCGUAACAAGCAGCGGGAUUAGCCAUAUGGGUCAGUUGCCAUCUCAAGCAUCUACUCCUCAGAUCUCUGCCGGUCCAUCCAGCAUGGAAACUGUACCUAGCAAACCCAUUGUUGAAAAGAAAGCUUCUGUUUAUGCUGAGACUGUAAAGAAUUUUAAUGAUGCAAGAGGGCGUGGACUGCCCUUUAAACCUGCUACAGCUUUCAGGGGUGCUUAUGAAGGUCUAGGGCUUGAUGUUUCUGGUGGGAAAUCAGUCUCCAUGCAGAAAAUCUGGCACCUGAUUCAGAUGUUAGUUGGCGAGGAUUCCACUGUUCAACGUAAUAUCUCAAGAAAAAUGGCACUAGUGAUAGGGGCAAGGCGGCACCUUGAAUGGGGACAUGAGAAGUAUAUCUUGGAUACUAUCCAAAGCCAUCCUGCACAGGCUGCUCUAGGUGGUGCUGUUGGCAAUCUGCAAAAGAUUCGGGCAUUUCUCCGGGUUCGUCUAAGGGAUCAUGGAGUACUGGAUUUUGAUGCCAGUGAUGCACGUAGGCAGCCUCCAAUUGACACCACUUGGCAACAGAUUUAUUAUUGCUUGAGAACUGGAUAUUAUGAUGAAGCACGAAAUGUUGCUCAAUCAUCUCGUGUGGCUCACCAAUUCGCCCCUCAGCUUUCUGAGUGGAUCAGCACUGGAGGAAUGGUAUCACCGGAGACUGCUGCUGCUGCUUCUGAAGAAUGUGAGAAACUGUUGAGAAUAGGUGAUCGAGCAGGCCGACCUGGCUACGACAGGAAGAAGUUACUACUGUAUGCUAUUAUUUCUGGGUGCCGCCGUCAAAUUGACAGGUUGCUUAGAGAUCUACCAACACUUUUUAAUACUAUUGAAGAUUUUCUGUGGUUCAAACUCUCUGCCGUACGAGACUGUCCAAGUGGAUCCUCAUCUGUUUUAUUAAGUGAGGGCUUGGUGCCAUACAGUCUGGAUGAUCUUCAAGGUUACUUAAAUAAAUUUGAGCCAUCAUACUAUACGAAAAAUGGGAAGGACCCUUUAGUUUAUCCAUAUGUUCUACUACUGAGCGUUCAGUUACUUCCAGCAGUCCAAUACUUAUCCAAGGAAAUAGGGGAGGAAGGGUACCAUAUUGAUGCUGUACACAUUUCAAUUACUUUAGCAGACCAUGGAGUUCUUUCCAAUGGUGCAGCUACUGGCCAUAAGAUAGGAGCAAUGGAUGCCUGUGCAGAAGUUGCCAGCAUUAUACGUCAGUAUGGUUCAGUCUACUUGCGUCAUGGUAAUCUCCUACUAGCUUUGGAAUAUUAUGCUCAAGCAGCUGCUGCGAUGGGUGGAGGAGAACUGUCAUGGAUAGGACGAGCCAAUGCUGAUCAGCAAAGACAGCGAAGCUUGAUGUUAAAACAACUUCUUACAGAAAUUUUACUACGGGAUGGUGGUAUUGUUCUUUUGCUUGGUUCAAGAGGCGUUGGAGAAGGUGAACUGAGUAAAUAUCUGAUGGACUGGAAAAGUCAACAACAGUUCCUACUUGAAGCUGCUCAUCAAUGUCAGGAAGCGGGGCUUUAUGACAAAUCUGUAGAAAUACACAAAAGAGUUGGAGCAUUUGCAAUGGCAUUAGAGACGAUCAAUAAAUGCCUCUCAGAUGCAAUCUGUACUAUGUCACGUGGUAGAUUAGAUGGUGACAGCCGAGCUUCUGGUCUCAUUCAUUCUGGCAAUGAUAUAUUGGAAACGUUCAAAUAUUCCUCCGAUGCCAGCCUUCAAGAGAAGGAACUUAUUUCUGAGCAGCAAGUAGUACUGAGACAACUUGAGGCAAUUUUGUUUGUCCAUAAGUUAGCCAGAGCAGGUCAGCAUUUGGAUGCUCUGAGGGAAAUCACAAAGCUCUCAUUUCUACCCCUAAAUCCACGAGGACCAGAUGUUACAGCUGAUGUAUUUCGGAAUCUUUCUCCCCAUGUUCAAGCAUGUGUGCCUGAUCUCCUCAAAGUUGCUCUUAGCUGUGCAGACAAUGUUACUGAUUCUGAUGGAACACUUCGUAUAUUGAAGUCGAAGAUUGCAAACUUUGUAGCAAACAACAUGACUAGGAGUUGGCCCCAUGAUCUUUAUGAGAAAGUUGCCAGAAGCAUAUGACGCUAUGUAUGGUGAAGAAAGAAGGGAAAAGCAUCAUUCAUUCAGUAUUUAUGCAGAAUCAUGAUGACCUUGUCGGGGGCUAUUCAUCUCUAAGAAAAGAUGACUGCAUGUCUUCAGGAGCAUUUUGGAGGUAAAAGAUAAAAAAUAAAAUCUAAAAUUUCUCAUCUAUAGCGAACUUUAGACAGAAGCAGCCCGGUACUGAGCUUCAUGCCCAACAGGUGGCUAUUACUAUUGUGGUUGCACCUUUUUUCUUCUGAACUUUUAUAGAAGUCUACAACUCAUCUAAUCAAUGUAAAGAUGGAUUGUUUCUAUUUCCUGUCUAAAUUUUCAUCAGUUUAACUGAAUUUUCAAUC